UGCUCCGCUUUUCAUUUGUAAUGGCAUGGCAAUGCACUGCUGGAAGCGGACGGAAUACUAAGAAAUAUUUUGGCUACAGCUUACAGCAUCAGUGAGGUGCUUUCCAUCUCGACUGCUACUCAUAAAUUAAAAAAAUAACAAAACGUUUCUAUUCAAGGAGGAGGAAAAAAUUUAGCACACAAUAUUUUACUGCCAUAAAUCAGUGUUUGCUGUUUUUAAAUCCUCUGCGUGUAAAAAAAGCUGCAGAGCGAUUAUAACUUUGCUGUUGUGUAUGACUGUUCAGCAAUAUUUGAGGCGUCUAGAAGAUCCAGAGAUUUGAUUUUAUAUGAUUUUUUUGUUUUUCUUCUUGCUCCGCUAGAGAGCCGCGGCUUCUUCAUUUGUUUAUGUUCAAGAAUAUUAAAGACUGGACGACACCUCUCGUUGAACUGUAUUGUAUACACGUAGCGGGGAAAGAUUGAGUGAGAAAAACAAAUUGAAAAAAAGAAUUGAAAACGGCCGAGAACCUGGAAGAUAGAAUGAGUUACAGUGCGCUGCGCAACGUGCUUUGGGGAUUUGUGAUAGCGGUCUUUACGAAAGGGCUAUGCGUUUCCAGUUCAGACUUCAUUCCUCCGACGGAGAACAUGACGGUCACCCAGGGAGACAGCGCCGUCCUCAGAUGCUUCAUUGACAGUGAGGUGGUGCACAAGGCCUGGCUGAACCGCUCCAACAUCCUCUUCACGGGCAACGACAAGUGGUCAUUGGACCCUCGGGUGACGGUCAUCAGCAACAACAAGAGUGAGUUUUCUAUUAAGAUCAACAACGUCAGCGUGAUCGACGAGGGGACUUACACCUGUUCGUAUCAGUCACGCAACGAACCGCGGACGGCCCACGUCUACCUCAUCGUGCAAGUUCCAGCCAAGAUUGUGAACAUCUCCUCUGACAUCUCUGUAAACGAAGGCAGCAACGUCAAUCUGUUUUGUCUGGCCAUUGGACGCCCAGAGCCCACCAUCAAGUGGAAACACAAAGAUGGUGAAAUGAGCGAAGGAGAGUUUCUGGAAAUCACGGGCAUCACCAGAUACCAGGCGGACGAAUACGAAUGUGUCACAGAAAACGGACCCUCCAACAUAGACGUGCGCAAAGUCCAAGUCACCGUCAACUAUCCUCCAGUGAUCACAGAUGGGAAGAACAUGCCCGCCCAAGUGGGUAAGACCGCCUUGUUGCGCUGUGAGGCAAUGUCAGUGCCAGCUGCCAGCUUUGAGUGGUACAAAGAUGACAAAAGGCUUGCUGAACAUACCAGCGGUAUCAGGAUCCAAAACGAGAAGACCCGCUCACUCCUCAUGUUCAACAACGUGACAUCCCAACACUUUGGAAACUACACCUGCUUUGCCUCCAACAAACUGGGCUCCUACAACUACAGCAUGCUUCUCUUCAGACCUGGAGCAUUAAAGGACGGAGCCACCUUUUCAGUGUCCAGCACCCUCAUGAUGCCAUUGUGGACGGCAAUCUUCAUCCUGCUCUUGAAGAUCUAAGCAGCAUCGUUUCAGAAGGCGAUCUUAACUACAGAACCCAUCACUGUGAACAAAAGAUUAUGCAUUACUUCCAAGAGCCAUCACCCAUUUCCAUUUCUCAUUUUCAGCUCUUUCUCUCUUUGCCCUCCAAAUUAUCAAAAAGAAGAUGCUUCCUUCUCCCUCCUCUGUCUGUUACCGUAACAGCACAGUGCAGCCUGCCAGCUUAGCAGUGCCAGUGGUGCGAUUAGGCUGCAUGGGCAUCUCAAUCAAGUAGCUGCACAUUACCAACCUGCUCGACACGCCGCUAAACUCUCUGGGCACUGACAAAGCAAAAAUGACACAAAAACACACAAAGUCCUGUUCAUUUGGUCAACUGCACCGCCAUUUGUUCAAUUCUACUCCGCCCCCAUCUCAUGCCCCGCCCACUGCUUAUGUUGGAACGUGUAGAGCAGCCAUGGCAAGAGGGAAACAGCGCGAGAACACCGGGCACCACGAAGGAGGUCGAACAAAGGAACUGGCAACAGCACGGGGACAGUGGGGGGGGGACGGGGGGACGUUCUUCAUUCACAGAGCUAAGAACCCAUUGAAGCACAUAAUGUGACAUAAUGGACGAUACGCAAACUCUGCAUAUGGAGAUGUGAGUGUGUGGAAAUGCAAUAUACUCUUACGUAUCAUAGCUACACUCACAGACACACACACACGUUUAUAUACUGUACACCUACAGGUCGUGAGUGUGUAUAUAAAGAUAGUAUGUCGAAAUAUUUACUGUACACACACCUUAUAUAUACAUACAUACUGUACAUACAUACAGGCAUAUACAACGUGAGAGCCAUCGGACCUGCCAUGACAUUAAUGAGCCAUAACCCAUGUGACCUGCUGAGCGAGUGACCUCAACAGGUGACAAAUUCCAAGAAUGCUUCCAGGGGUGGGAGGGCAAACGAGUAAAAUAACACGAUACGUUAAAGAAUACACUUCACUUUAAUAUGAGCACUACUGAUAGACCUUGUGUGUGUGCGUGUGUGUGUGUGUGUGUGUACAUUUAUAUAUAUUCUGUACAGAGAUACGUGUGCAAAUUAUAUAUGUGUGUGUACAUACAUUACAAGUGUAUAUACAGAAUGUAUAAAUAUACACACACACACAUACAUAUAUUUUAAAUCAUCCUAGCUCAGUAGAUACAGAACAACAUCACAGGAAAGCAAAUGUGAAAAUAAGUUUUGAGUUUUUUAGUUUUUUAUUUUAUGUAAAUUACUUUAGUCUGCAGCACACAUGCCCAGUGAGUCAGCGUGGCACAUACACCUGGCAGCAGACCAUGGCAGAGGCAGCUGUGCACGAGUGCAGACGUAACACCACUGGAGUAUCUGUGAACACACCACACUGAAACAACCGCGACAUGAAGCUGGUGUGUCUGCAGACGUGACGGACGGGGCGUGGAGUCAAACACACAUUUAUCUGAGGUCACCUCAAAGGCUAACUAAGGUAUGGACAACAUUUUACAGCAUCUUGUUUUCCUCUUUACCGAGUUAUGAUGUUCUGAAAUUGUUGCAUAGACAGCAGUUGUUGCAAACAUAUAUAAUUGUCUAUACAUGCACUACAUAUAUAUAUAUAUAUAUAUGAUACAUAGAUAUUGAUAUUUUAAUAAAAUAUACCCAUCCAUUUAUAAAUGAUCUUUACCCAUUGUUGUACAAUUCAAAGUUUAAUUGUGUGAAGCCUAUCCUGGCAGCAUUGGGCACAAGGUAGAAGCCACUGUUGGACUGGGUGACAGUUCAUCCCAGGGCUCACACACACACACACACACACACGCUGUAUAUACAGUAGUUCCUACCAGAGCACUCUACUAAUUUCCAGGACACCCAGCCAUUUACCAGCUGCCUUCCUACCUUGUGAGUUCCCAUGACUACAUUUCUCUGAGUUUAGCAGCCCACUACAGACAGGCACCCCACCUUAGAAUUAUUGUGGAUCCAUUUUAAUACGGUUUGGACCGCGGUGACCUGUGUCAUCGAUUCUUAGCCUUGGCACAGCCUUGUCAGCUUAACACCCUGUAACAUCCAGAAAUUCACACACACAUAUAAUAUGAAUAGUAAAUAUAUGUGUGUGUGUAUAGAUAGAUAGAUAAUGAAAGGCACUAUA